UCCGGAGGAAGAACACACGGCUUAUAACUCCAGGGUGGAACCUGAGAAUGACGAGUCUGAGACGAGACGGAGGAGUGGGAGGUGACGCCAGGCAGACCGCGGCAGUAAGGAACAGUGAGGCCAGUGUGAGAGACAGACGACGGUACUGAAGGUGACUGCAGCGUGAUGGGGGUGGUGGCGGUAAUGGCAGCGGGACUGCUUGCUAGCGUGGUGACUGCCAUCAACGCUGCUCAUGGCCAGUCGCUCAGGGCAUCGCACGAUGUGUGCUCGAGGAUCGAGUUUGUCACUGGAGAAGAUCAUCAGGUAGUUGAGAAGGUACUGAAGAAGGUACUGAAGGAGUUGUGCGAGACUGGGCAGCGCCAUGUCGUUCAGGAGCAGCGACUCUCCAGGGGCGGGGAACAGUUUGCCGUCUUGAAUCUCCACCGCGACGCCUUCAGAGCAACGGUGUAUUGGCAGGGGGGAGAUGCCAAGAACGUGGUGGACGACAGUGACUGGCGGGUGGACGAGGAAGUAGCCUUGGCCCCAGGGAAAGAGGAGGAUGAUGCUAAAGCGAAGAUUUUCUACCACUGGUACCGACAUGGGCUUCCUAUGUGGCCACUACUCAAUCAAGCCCUUAAAAAAACAAAUUUUUUUAGGAGACUUUUUAAAAAACUGAAUUUCCGGGGGAGACUUUUUAGGACACCCAAGUGGCCAAAUUAUGCCUUGGCAACUCCUCUUUACCUCGUACCCUAUGAAAGAAACAAUUACAGAGAAGAAAUUAUCUCCAUGAACAAGAUGUUUCAUAAGAAGGAAAACCAGAAAAACUUUAAAGACUCUGUUCACUUCAAAAAGUAUGUCAAUGAAUUUUGCCGCAAAACAUGCGACAAUAUUCAGACGGACCCAGACAGGCUUAGUAACUGGCUCGUGCCCCUUAUUGACCACAGCUUCACGCACAUGAUGGCGUCCUUCAAGGAGCAGCAACGCGCCCGAGCCCCAAAAAACAGCAAACUGUCCAGGUGUCCCGAUCAGUUGUACGUGUUUCUCCUACACAAGCCGUGCCAACGCGACCUCCAGCUGUUAAAUAAAAAAUUUGAUGAUCUGCUGUCCAGCGAGAGUUGUCUCAACAUCACUAGGUUGGUGGUUGGGUACUCAGCAGAGGUUCCCCCGUUUGUUUGUUGAAUGCGCACGCACACACUGCGUGCAGUAGAGUGAAACGAAAGUAACGUAAAGAAUUAAUUAGGUUAAAUGCAACAAUUACUGGUGACCAAAGAUGGCAAAAGCGAAUAAAGAUAGCAAACAGAAAA